UCGCGUGCAAUCGAUACUUUGACAGCUCUUCUCUGAACAUUCGUAAUUUAGUUUUGCUUUUAAAAUUUGGAAUGCAACGCGAAUGCAGCGUGUUUUAAGUAGCUAAAAUGUGGCCAAGGUGUAGUCCAGUGUCGCCGCCAAUAUCAGAUUUAAACCGUGUGCGUCUGUAACAAAAGCAAAGCCCCGAAAACUAAAGUAGAAAACCGAAAACCCCAGUCCGCAGUGUGUGUGUACAGAAGCGAAGGCUCGACUCAAACCAAUUGCAAUAUUAAAAAGUGGAAGUGGAGUGGUCAGGGAGCGAGACACCGCCAUCGCCACUUGGAGCACCCCGCAUCUGCAUUCGAUUCGGGUUACAUAUAUACACCUACACAGCACACAGCACACCACACUUUUACUUUUCCGUUGGAGAAAAUUUGCCAAAAAAAAAAGCGUGUGGCGACAUGAUAAUUUGUUUGAUUUCUACACACUGCAUGUUUGAAUUAUUGUAAAGCCAAGAAUUAUAGUCAAGCCAUAAGACCCUUAAGCCUAGAGCCCCUAGAAAGUCAAACAGCAGUCAUGAUGAUUCAAGAGCCCGUGCAGGCCGCCAUAUGGCAUUGCCUGAACUACUACGACUUCAAGGAUGCUGUUUUCCUGGCGGAGCGCCUGUGCUCGGAAGUUGAGAGCGACGAGACGAUAUUCCUGCUGGCCACCAGCUACUUUCGCUCCAAUCAGGUGCACCAGGCCUACUGGCUGCUCAAGGAGAAGCCGCGCCGCUCGCCGCAGUGUCGAUUCCUGCAGGCCAAGUGCGCCUACGAACUGAAGAAGUACGCCGAGGCGGAGAGCGCCCUGAUCUCGACAGGAUUCGCGGACGCCAAGAACUGCGAUGAGCUGCAGCGGGACUUUGGAGAUCUGGCCUGCUUCGCCUACCAACUGAUGGCCCAGAUCUGCGUGCGGACCGAGCGCAAUAAGCUGGCCAUUAGUGCUUUGAGACGGGCCCUCAAGCUGAACCCCUUCAUGUGGCACGCCUUCUCGGAUCUGUGCCUGCUGGGCCAGGACACAGAUGCGGCGGCCAUAUUCCAGAUCCACAGCACAGAUGUGUUCAACACCUGCCAAGGCAGCAGCGCCAACGCCAAUGCCAUGGUGCUUUUCGGCGCCGAGCAGCAGAGCCAGCAGCAGCAGGAGCGCCAGUCUCUGAUUACCAACCUAAGCAAUAUCUCCAACUAUAUACUAACCACCCCCGUGGAUCAACAGCAACAGAACCAGCAGCAGGCGCAGCAGAUCAACCAGAAUCAGAACCACAACAGCAACAGCAACCUGGUGACGCCCAUCAACAAUAAUAAUAUUAACAACAAUCUCAACAGCUCGAUCAGCAUGCUCCGCGGCGGUCUGGUGCAGAACUCUAGCAUGCUGGCGAUGCUGGAGGACACCCCCAUGGGCUAUCCGCAGGACCCGGCCGGCCAGCAGCACCAGCAGCUGUACGACAUGAGCAGCGGUACACCCUUCCGAAAGCAGUUCAAAUACCUUUCGGCCAUCUCACCGCCCACUCCGAGCUUCGGCAUUAUGCCACUGACUAGUCCCUGCACCGGAAACGAUGGGUCCUUCAUCGGCAACCAUACGCCUGUCAUGAACAUAAGCUACUCGCCGAUGCCACAGAUGCUGGUCGAGGUUAACCAGGAGCCAAAGAUGGUGGGCAAGAAGAUGAAGACACAUUUGGGCGGGCUCAUCAAUCGCAAGGAGGGCAGCCUCAAUAAACCCGCCGUCUUUACCCAAGCUGGAAACAUAACACCGCGCACUCCGAACAACAAUAAUGUGGGCAACAAUGGUAACUUGAAUGUUCCGCCCAAUCCGAAUGCUGCAGUGCGUCGCAGCUCGCGGCUAUUUAGCAACUCGUAUUCGGUGAAGGAGAACAAUAAAUCGCCCAACAUAGCCAACAAGUUCGUGCAGCCACGCUCGCCGCCCCGUAAAACCAAGUCACGGAUGACCAAGAUUUGCCUGAAUAACGAACUGAUAGAGGAAAAGUCCCACCACCUGUCCGAGAAGCGCAAGGAAAAGGUGGAGACCAUCACCUCCUCGGGAGCCAAUAACAAUAGCGGCGGACGCAGUGCCGCCGAGGAAGCCAAGGUCUUGUUGAACAACAGCCUAAACAAUGCCCAAACAAUGGCACACCAGCUGAUGGGAUUCAAGAAACAGUCCGCAGAUGGACUGAUGACACUGCUGCGGGAUUUGGCUGAAGCCUACCAGCUGUUGUCCAACUUCCAGUGCAAGGCGGCUGUAAAGCAGCUGGAGACGACGAUACCAAAGCACCAACUGAACUCUAGCUGGGUGCAGUCACUGAUCGGACUGGCCAGGUACGAGAUGCGGGACUAUGAGGCGGCGGUGGGGAUCUUCGAGAGCAUCCACAAGGCGGAACCAUGUCGCCUGGACUUCAUGGAGAUCUACUCCUCCUCCCUGUGGCACCUGCAACGCGAGGUGGAGCUGUCUGCUCUGGCCCAGGAUCUGAUUAGCCAGGACAAGACCAGUCCGGUGACCUGGUGUGUGUCCGGGAAUUGCUUCUCCCUGCAAAAGGAGCACGAAACAGCCAUCAAGUUCUUCAAGCGGGCAGUUCAGGUAGAUCCAGACUUCGUCUACAGCUACACACUUCUGGGCCACGAACUCGUGCUUACCGAGGAGUUCGACAAGGCGAUGGAUUACUUCCGGGCCGCCGUGGUCAGAGAUCCGCGGCACUAUAACGCCUGGUUUGGCAUCGGCACCAUCUACUCCAAGCAGGAGAAGUACGAACUAGCCGAGAUCCACUACGUGAAGGCACUGAAAAUCAAUCCGCAGAACUCAGUAAUCCUGGUGCACAUCGGUGCCAUGCAGUUCUACAUGAAGAAGAAGGAUCUGUCGCUGCAGACACUGAAUACGGCCGCCACGCUAGAUCCGAAGAAUCCACUGACCCGCUUCCAUCGCGGCUCGAUCUACUUCUCGCUGGGCAAGUACCAGGAGGCGCUGCGCGAGCUGGAAGAGCUUAAGGAGAUUGUGCCCAAGGAGUCUGUGGUGUUUUAUCUGAUCGGCAAAAUCCACAAGACGCUCGGCAACAUGGAUCUGGCCCUAAUGCACUUCAGCUGGGCCACCGACCUAGAUCCAAAGGGUGCGAACAAUCAAAUCAAAGAUGCCUUCGACUCAAUGGCCCAUCCCAGCUGCUGUCCGGCCAACAAUACUGCCCUGGACGUUGAUCUGGAGCCCACCUCGGAGCGUUCCGAUGACUCUACGCAGGCGCAGCAGGAUGGCAGCUACGACAGCGACUACUAGGGAGCUGCGACUCCAAAUCCACGCGGUUGUAUAUACGUUAAACAGAAACACAGUAAACAAAGGAAAACUUAGAAACAGAUACAAAAACCAGAUCGAUUGCUGCUGUAUUGUCGUAGCGGAAAGCAAACCAAUUAUGAAGUAUAAUAAAGUCUAGAUAACGUUUA